CCGCCGAGUUCCCGCCGCGGCGCGCGCGGAUGACGUCACUGCCGGGACCGAGCCGGCCGCGUGUUUCCCGGGAACUUCCGGUUCCGGGGGCGGAGCGUCCCCGCCAUGGACGAUCUGAUCCUCAACGUUGACUUCUCCGCCCCGGAGCGCCGCUCCAAGAAAGAACCGGGGAACCGAAAGCACCAGAACUUCGUGCGGCGGCGCCGGGAGCUCGAGCGCCGCGGGGUCCUGCGGCAGAAACAGCUCCCGGCAGCAGCACCGGGAGCGCCCCGGCCGGGCCGGACACGGCGUGGGGGGGCCAAACGCUGCCCCAAGGAGAACGGUGCUGCCACCACCUCCCGGUGCUCUCCGGUAUCGCAGAACGGCCCCAAGGACAAGGCUCGGGGGGCGGCACAGAACGGUGUCACCGGUACCGGAGCCAAGGGGAAAGAUCAGGGGGAGGCCCAGAACGGCCCCACCGGUACCGGUGCCCCCACUCAGAACAAGACCAAGGCUCGGGGGGCGGCCCAGAAGGGCCCCACCGGUACCGGGGCCAAGGCCAAGGCUCGUGGGGCUGGCAGUGCCCCCCCGGUGCCCUCCAAGCUGGUGGCCCUGGACUGUGAGAUGGUGGGCACGGGCCCCGGGGGUCGCACCAGCGCCCUGGCGCGCUGCAGCAUCGUCACCUAUGAGGGGGACGUGGUGUACGACCAGUACGUGCGGCCCGAGGCGGCCAUCGUGGAUUACCGGACCCGCUGGAGCGGCAUCCGCCCGCGGCACAUGGCACAGGCCGUGCCCUUCCGCCGGGCACAGCAGCAGGUGCUGCAGAUCCUUGCUGGCAAGGUGGUGGUGGGCCACGCCAUCCACAACGACUUCAAGGCUCUGCAUUACUGCCACCCCAAAGCCCUGACCAGGGACACGUCGCAGAUCCCGCUGCUGAACCGCAGGGCUGGCUUCCCUGAGAACGUCAACAUCUCCCUGAAACGCCUCACCAAGGCCCUGCUCAACCAGGACAUCCAGGUGGGGAAAAGCGGCCACUCCUCGGUGGAAGAUGCCCGAGCCACCAUGGAGCUCUACAAGGUGGUGGAGCAGGAGUGGGAGCAGCACCUGCAGCAGAACCCCGAGCAGAAGUGACACCCUGGGGGAUCAGAGUGACACCCUGGGGGGCUCAGUGACACCCUGGGGGAUCAGAGUGACAGCCCUGGCCUGGUCCUGCCUGUGGGAGGACCCAGAGUGACGCCCCCAGCCUGGUCCUGCUUUUAAGAGGGUUCCAGAGUGAUGCCAACAGGGCUGGUCCUGCCCCUGGGGGGGCUCAGAGUGACACCCCCAGCGUGGUCCUGCCUUUUUGGGGGGGCCCACAGUGAUGCCAACAGGGCCAGUCCUGCCUCUGAGGGGUCCCACAGUGACACCCCCAGCCUGGUUCUGCCUUUGGGGGGGCUCAGAGUGACACCCUGGGGGUCCCACAGUGA